CAGAGUUCCGCUCGACACUGGGUCAGAUCUCUAGAUCUCUUACUAGUUCGUGAAAGAAAAAUUGAUUUAAGAUAAACAACAGUGACGGAAAUGAGGUGCAAGUGACUUAAUUUUGAAAAUACAUGCUGUUAAAAUCAGGAUGAAGUUUUCCGACUUUGAUUGGGAGAAGAGGAAUCCUCUUCAGAAUAGUAAGAUAGAAGACUGAGAAUGCAGACUGAAGUUUCUGCAAUUGUGACUCAGGCUCAGUUUGCACAACAAUACAGACAGUAUUUGGAGACAAAUGGCAUUUUGGACACAGCCUAUCGCCUCCAGAAGCAACCCGAUGGCUCAGUGGCGUUGCCUGUGCUUUGCAGUAAACUCAGUCAGCUCCAUCCUUUCAACCUGGGUGAUACUGUGGCUCCAGGAAGUACCUGCACUUUCACAAAAAUGAAGAAUCCAAUAUCAUCCAAGAAGUCUUCAGUAAAAUCCUGCCACCAACGACUACAGGAGGAGCUCUCUGAGUUAGUGAAGCGUAGUGGAGUGCUGUGGAAUGACCAACUGAGUCACGACCUGCCUCAAGUGUGGAAGAGACAUGGUGACAUGAUUGUUCUGAAUGAAAAUGCAUUCCAGGCAGAUAUCUGGAAAACAUUGGAGCCAGAAGUAUGGAUGGUGGUUGCUAAUGCACUUGGAGCAAAACGCAUUGCAAAAGCUGGCAGAGUAUCUGCUGAUGGCUUUCGGACUCCAAAGGUGACUUUACUGCUGGGGGAUGAUGCCUGGGUUCACCACAUUGACAACAGCAUCAGGUACACAUUUGAUGUCACCAAAUGCAUGUUCUCCUCAGGAAAUAUCACAGAGAAGCUUCGGAUCAGCUUUUUUGACUGCACAGAGGAGGUGGUGGUGGACCUGUAUGCAGGUAUUGGUUAUUUUACGUUACCAUUUCUGAUGCAUGCGGGUGCAGCAUUUGUUCAUGCCUGCGAGUGGAAUCCACAUGCAGUUGCUGCACUAAUAAAGAAUCUGGAAUUGAACAAAGUGUCACACCGUUGUAGAAUCCACAAAGGUGACAACCGGCAGCUCCCUCUACGCAACCUGGCAGACCGAGUGAAUUUGGGACUAAUUCCAAGUUCAGAAGAGGGAUGGCCUGUAGCAUGCCAAUUGUUGAGAGAGGAUAGAGGAGGAAUUUUCCACAUUCAUCAUAAUAUCAGCCUGCAUGCUGAGAACCAACAUGCACCCUUUGACAGGAAGAAUCUUGAUGGAGGUCCUUGUAAAGAUCAGCAACACAGUUUAACAAUGCUUCCAGCCUCAUGGACUGAGAGGGCUAGGAGCAGCUAUGAUUCUACAACUCCAGCAUUCACAUGUUUAUUUAAAAAGGGUGCUGCUGAAGAAAGCAUACUCAGCUCGAGGUACAAGGGGCCAGGAAAGAAGUCAGAAGUUGGAAAAAACUAUGGGACCUGUUAUGAAAAGAGGACAUUUACUCAUCCAGAAUGGCAAGCUUGGGCAGAGUCAGUGGCAUUAAGGAUUAAGAAUUUAUUAGAAACUCUCCAUGAAAUGCCAUGGCGGACAAACAUCUUGCAUAUUGAGCAUGUUAAGUCUUAUGCACCACACAUUGAUCAUGUUGUACUGGACUUGGAAUGUAGGCCAUGUGAUGAGAAUUAAUAUCCUGAAAGUGCUGGUCUUUUCACACUCAGAUACUAAUACAUGAAGGUUGAGGAUCUGAAAUUAUCUGCUCAUGUAUUUAUCUAUGUUAUAAAGGUGUUUUAAACAGCCUUCAACCUCUUAAAAACAAAACAGUAAAUCUCACUGUGUUGUGAUGUGGUUCACAUCUGUAAUGAGUUUGCAAUGGCAGAGAUCUGGGAGCAUGUUACUUCUCAUAAGAAGCAUCCUGCUGGUGUUGUUAUAAUUUGCCUUCAACUGGAUCAACCAGAGGAUAGAUUAGAUUUAUUUCUAAGCCUGCCAAUAUUAGUCUGGAUUCAAAAUAGGGAAGAAAAACAAAAGCAAAGACAUUAAGUAAAUUGAAUCGCACACAUCUAUUUUGUUAACAAAUAAAAAUCUUUUGAUUAUCCCAAACAAUGUUUGGGUAUUCAAACAAAUAUCCUUAUGUCUUUCAAACCAUUAAAUUGAGAAAAAUUGUUAAACUUU